AUGGUCAACAAGAUUGACAAGUUUUACUGCGCAAGAUGUGCUGAAGUACACGGGCCUUCCACCAUGAAACGUAAAUCCAAUCGAGCAACAACUGCGAUAGAUUAUAAUGCUUUGCACAAUGGAUCCUCCGCGCCGAUUAAAAAUCCUGUUGACGGCAAGCUACAUCCAUAUGUUGAGAUUAUUCGGAACCGUACGUUCACUUUUGCCGAUGAUAAGCUUCCUCGCAUGCGCCCUGAACAGGUCACUGUCGAGUUCCUUGAGGACUUGCCCAAUGGGUGGAAUCAGCCUUUCAUCGUUCCGGCCGAAUCGAACCCUGCACCAUGGGUUACACACCCGAAGACGACCAUCCUGGACUCGGAUGAUACCACUAUACCGCAAACCUCAACUGAGGAGCAUCCGAGCCGCAUGGCCACCCCACCACCCCCGCCUCUGGCUACCUGCGAGGGCGGUGCGCGACGCCAAGGAGCCGACAACCUGGACAUGAUUAUCCCGCCUGGCUUGACAGUUCGCAGGGUUAGCGAGCUAAUUGGUGAAUCGGCUCGUGUUGAAAUGAUCAAUGUUCUUAGUCAAGCCACAGAGAAGGAUGACAAAUGGCAAAUGGACCAGCUUGUCAAUUAUUUCGAGAGCGACGUGAGGGAUGUAAUCUAUAAUUGCAUAAGCUGUGAGGUUUCAAACUCCGAAUUGGGCGCCAUGAUCUCUAGGCCUCAAGUCGUGAGGGAUUUGGAUUUGGCUGACAAAGUUUGGCGCCCCGACCCAGCGCCCCCAAUGGGCUCUGAAGCGAAGCCCCGUGUCGGCAAGUAUGUCCUUAUGUCUGUUGCGGACUCCUUCACGGAUUUCCACAUCGAUUUUGCUGGAUCCUCGGUAUUCUACCACAUCUAUGAGGGAGAGAAAGUUUUCCUUGUGAUACCGCCUACGGAGCACAAUCUAGAGAUUUAUGAGAAGUGGUCGAUGGAUCCGAACAUGAAUACGACCUUCUUCCCCACUCUGACCAGUGAUCCUUGUACUCUCGUCACCCUCAACAAAGGAGAUACCAUGUUUAUACCGUCCGGCUGGAUACACGCGGUCUACACCCCCAGAGAUAGUCUAGUUGUCGGUGGCAAUUUCCUCACGCGAAACCAUUACGCGAUGCAGAUGAAGGUACAACGAAUCGAGGUUGUCACUGAUACUAAGUUGAGCCAGCGGUAUCCAAAGUAUACUACACUCAUGUGGCAUCUCGCAUAUAACUACAUGAAAAAGGAUCCGAUUUCUGAUGAGGUUGACGAGGCCAUUGGGCGUGGGAGGGUUCUGAAGCGGACAAGACAACGAUCCCCCAAGACCGCUAGGACAUACACACAGCAAGAAUUGGAGGGACUUCCCGCUCUGUGCAAUUUUCUUUUGAGGACCGCGCUUGUUUCGUGUGGCACAAUCACUACCUCGUUGGUACCUCGUAGGCCGAAUUUGACUGGGAAGCAGGUAGAGGCGGUAAAGAAGGCUAUUCCUGCACCAAUUAGCCAAGAGCCUGUGGAAUGGAUUAAGAGGUUUGGCCGCUGGUGUGUCUGGAAACGUGCCUGUCAGAGACUUGUUCCGAACGGCGAGAGGGUUCCAGAAUGGGCUUUGGAGAGCUGGUGGCCCAAAGACGGGCCGAAAAAGGGGCCCAGCCAGGCUGCCCUCCGGAGAGCUCAGAGAGCACGCGAAGAAGAAGCGAGGAAAGCAGAACCUCCCAGACGUCCAGGCCUCAGAGUUCGAGCUAUUCGUGCCGAAAGCGCGGUCUCCUCUGGAUCUGAAGUAGCCCAGGAAGAAGGCGGGGUUCCCAAAUCACGACCGAAGAAGAAGGCAAAUGGCCCCGAGGCACCGCCAGGCACAAAGAAGAGAGGUCGGCCACCUAACAAGCCGCAGCCACAGCCGACCUUCGAUGAUGCCGAUCACCUCCCCGUUGGCAAACGGAAGGUGACCGUAGUGGAAGGGGAGGACGGCGAAGCAUUUACAUUGUCCGAUGGCUGCACUUACGUCCGCAAGCUAUCUAAUCUGGGACCCCCGAGGGCUGGAUGUCAGAACUGCAGGCUUAAGAAGACUGGUUGCAAACACAAGUCCGAAAUUGCGCAAUUAUUGGCGAGAUUAGAGGCGAGCGAUAGAGCAGCAAAGGCUGCCCGGGGCGAGCGGGAGGGCCGAAGGGUCGAGCCAGUACUCGCUCCGGCGCCUAUAGAGGACGCUAACCAUAAGGAAAUGACCGAAGUACAGGUUGUUGUACCAAAGCCGGCAAAGGAGAAAAAGGCCCCCACACCUAAGGCAAAAACCUCCAUCCCGGCGCUAAAGCGGGCAUUGCCUGAAGAUGCAAACGAGUCGAUGGAAGAAGCAGAAGUGGCCACACAGCCUCCGCCAAAGAAAAAGCGGGUAGAGGUGCAAGUGGAACGAGAGGAAUCAUUCAAUCCUGGCACUCAAAACAUGGCAGGCGGACGCCCACCCGGGUUUCAGGGGCGGAAGCCGUCCUGCGACAGGUGCAAGGAAUUGAAGGCGAGAUGCCCGCAUGACACUUGGCACUUGGCAAUCGAACGGCAGACAACGAGGGCACAGAAGGCCGAUAAGCCAAAGAGCCAUAAGAAAGGUGGUGGACGACUCUCACUCGGAAAGGUAGCCAAAUCUUCCUGGGAUGGAGCACGCCAACCCCCGGCCCAGAGAAGACAUUCAUCUGCCGGAAACACCCCUACAGUUGCACAUGAGGAAACUCCCGAGGCAGAAGUGGCAGAAGGGGCAGAAGGGGCAGAAGGGGCAGAACCAGUCCUUGAGGAGAUCAUUGUUGUUAGUAGCAAGCCACCCCCAUCACGUCUCCCUGUCCCAGAAGUCCGCAUUAUCAAAACCCCAACGAAGGCCACCACCCCACCGGCUGAGAAAGACUCCUUCGAACUUGACCUCUCCAUCCUCGAGGAGCCAAUAUCCUACAAAUCCCGCGUGUCACAUACCCCCGAAGACCCAUCAAUAAUGGCCCCUCCAUUAGACGACUUAGAAGAACCCCCAAAGCCUACCGAUCCCUCUUCUCCCUCCCCUCCACCAACCACCAUCCCAGCCACCGCCCCAUCCACCACUGUAAUAUCUACAUCAACGGCAGCCUCUCCCUCCCUUGCCGUCCCCAAAACUCUAACCCCGCCCACAGAUCCUACUCCACCCACCAACGGUACUACCGCAGCCACCACUACUACUACUACCACCACCUCCUCUAUAACCUCAAUCGGCAAAAAAGCAGACUACCCCCGCCUAACCCACCGCGCCCCAAAGCCAAAAGUCACAUACACAAAGACCACCAAAACCGUCAAGCGGAAGGAAGACGAAGACAGUAUCUCCCCACCGCCUACAGCCAAGUUCGCGAAAUCGAUAUCUCCCGGAUUGACUAGCGGUGGGCGGAGUGGUAGUGGCGGAUCCGGGAAGAGCGUGUCUCCGGCGCUCGCGGAGGAGGACUUGCAGGUUGAGGAGAUCAAGCGCAUGGCGGCGAAGGAGGAGUUUGGCUUGAGGAUUAGGAGAAGCUAUUAGUUCUUUCCUCUACCUAUUUGUGUUUAUCCAUUUGUUUGUCCACCCGAAGACGAAAUGUAUUAUUACCCCAUGUCCAGUCCAGCUUACUAAACCCCUUGCUUUUCUUUCCCUUCCCCUUUUCCUCUUAUAUGAUUCCUCGCUUUCAUUUCGUCUACGUCUCACACUUAUCAUCAUCGCAAACCGGUGGGUCUGGAAUUCUGUUUUUUCCCUUUUCCUCUCCGUUCUUCAUUUUCAUUCAAGGGAUUGAUUUGUACCUGCUUUCUUGUGAGGGAGUGAUAAAGGGUGGUGUAUGGGUUCUUUUAUUCUUUCCUUCUCUUACCAAGCCUCUUUUUUUUAUAUAUAUAUACUCCUUUGUUGUUAUCUUGCUGGUUGUUGAUUGAUGCGGGGGAGGCAGGAGAAAUGGGGUAAUGUAAGUAAGUUAUUACUUGAUUAGUUAGUUAUUUGUAGCUGAAUUGAGUCCUUUUUCCUUUUUUUU